AUUCACGACUACUCAUGAUCUCUCACGCUCACUUAUAAAACGAGCCUGUCAACGUUGUAAUGUGAUAUACCUAGGGUAAUACCUGAGCCCUAUCCUGGCAUGUUAUAUCGUGUAAUGACCAUAUAAGAGGCAACACGCGACCUCGUUCUUGAGUGCUCAUCUCUGCUUGUAGUCCAUGUUAACGCUUACCAACGUCGCUUGGCUGAACCUACUAUGUCUUGCUGGUGUUGGAGUAUAUCUGCUAAUGCGGGUAUUCAGCAAGAAAAACCCUGCACCAUAUCCCCCUGGUCCUGCAGGGUUGCCUCUCAUUGGGAAUGUCCUAGACAUGCCUCAAAUCAAACCCUGGCUCAUCUUCACAGAGUGGGGCAAGAAAUAUGGUGAUAUCUCACAUGUCGAGGUUCUGGGUCAGCAUAUCAUGGUGGUGAACUCUGUCAAGACUGCGAUGGACAUGUUGGAAAAGAAGAGCACUGUGUACUCUGGCCGUCCUGUUCUUCCUAUGGCUGGCGAACUUGUUGGCUGGAAGCACUCUUUGCCUCUUAUCUCUUACGGCGACCGUUUUCGCCAGCACCGCAAGAACCUCCAUCGCAUCAUUGGCAGUCGUGCGGCAUUGGAGGUAUACAACCCGAUAGAGGAUAUUGAAACUCGCCGAUUCCUUAAGCGUGUGUUUGAGACACCCGACCAACUACAGGAACAUGUUCGACACACCGCUGGCGCUAUCAUUCUGCGCAUCUCUUACGGUUAUGAAGUGAAAGAGAACGGCGAUCCCUUCGUCGACCUUGCAGGACGCGCCCUCGACCAAUUCUCCCGUGCCACUCAUCCUGGUGCCUUCAUGGUUGAUUUUAUGCCAUUCUUGGCCAAGGUCCCCGAGUGGUUCCCUGGUGCUGGCUUCAAGCGCCAAGCGCGUGAAUGGCACGAGACUGUCGAAGAAAUGGUUUCUGCACCCUACCAGUUCGUCAAGGAUCAGAUGGCUGCUGGCAUUGCUCCGAAGUCUUUCAUCUCAGAUCUGUUGGAAGACCAUACUCUGACUGCAGAGGAAAAUGAUAUUGUGAGAUGGUCCGCUGUAUCCUUAUACGGCGGUGGUGCCGACACGUCUGUCUCUGCAAUCUACUCGCUCUUUCUAGCUAUGACCCUUUUCCCUGAUGUGCAGAAGAAAGCUCAGGCUGAAAUAGAUGCUAUUGUUGGUCCUGAUCGCCUUCCCUCCUUCGCCGACUUCAACUCCCUCCCCUAUACCGAGGCGCUUGCCAAAGAAGUACUACGCUGGAAUGUUGUCGCUCCUAUGGGUUUCCCUCAUCGUGUCACUGAGGACGAUAUUCAUAAUGGGUACUACAUUCCAAAAGACUCUUUUAUAAUAGCAAACAUUUGGUCCAUGCUCAAUGACCCGGAGACAUAUGCUAACCCCUCGGAAUUCAACCCUGAACGGUUUUUGGCCAGUGACGGAAAGGAGCCUGAGACAGAACCUCGCACGAUCUGCUUUGGUUUUGGAAGGCGUAUUUGUCCAGGUCUCCUCCACGCUGAAGCCUCCGUUUGGUUAUUUGCCGUGAGGUCACUGGCUGUGUUUGAUAUAUCCAAAGUCGUCGAGGACGGUGUUGAGAUCACCCCCAAAGUUGACCAGUUAUGUCAUGCUGGCACGAUCAGUCACCCCAAGCCCUUCAAGUGCUCCAUUAAGGCUCGCUCUGCGAAAGCCAUUGCGCUCAUUGAGCAAGAUGCUAACUACUAAGCGCUCAAAGAUGGACACGCAGGAAAAUUCCUCACCCUGGGCGGU